AUGGACAACAACACUCUUUUGUCACAAACAACAUCGUCCGAGUCUAUGAUGCCGUACUCUCGCGUCCCGGCUGGUUUCGUCUCCUACCGCCCGGUCUUAGUGGAAGACAUUGAUAUAAUUUCGGAGAUUGAAUCCAAUUCGUAUCCGGAGGAUGAAAAAGCUUCUUUAGAAACGUUACGGUAUAGAUGCAUAAACGCAGGAGAGAUGUUCUUAGUCGCCACGGAACAUGGAGGAAGUGAGAAUGAAAUUAUUGGAUAUAUAUGCGGGACGUGCGUGAACGAAAACGAAACGUUAACUGCGGAAACCAUGGGAAGUAAACACGAACCAGACGGAGCGAUUUUAUGUGUGCAUUCUGUUUGCGUGAAGUCUAACAAACGAAGACGAGGCGUCGGAGGGAAGCUGUUGGAAACGUAUUUAAUGUAUUUAAAAGCUCGAAAUAACGAUAGGAAACGAGACAACCAAUCAGAGUUGAAAUCUGUUCGCUUGUUGUGUAAGAAGCACAUGAUUCCGUUUUAUCAGAAUGGCGGGUUUACGCUGUUAGGCGAAAGCGAAGUAACGCACGGCAAAGACGCGUGGUUCGACUGCGAGUUUACACUUUUAGAUUAG